CAUUGACCAACGGCAAGCGAGUGAGCCGAGCGAGCAGCACCGAGCGGCGACGUGCCUUCCUUUGAAGCGCGAGUGCGAGCGAGGCAGGCAGGUGCUGCAUCAUUCUCCGCUGGGCCUGAAACAGGCGCGAGCAAGGCAGUCGAGUGUCGUCGUCGUCGCCGACCACGCCUCAAUUCGACUGCGCGUGGCCUUGACUCCACUCGACUCGACCAUCAGCGCAUCCUACCGACAUCAUCUUGUCCAAUCUCGUGUCAUCACGACGCUGAGACGUGAGACACGCUCAGCAAAGGCGUAUCAGUCGUCCGUCAUACAGUCAGCUUCGCACGCAUCUUCAUCCUCAUCUCCAAACCCUCAACGUUGGCCGGGACAGAGCUAUCCCAGCUAGCCAGCCAGACGACUGCAGGCCUCGUGUGCAGCAUAUAGCGUCACUUCCUCGCGCUCACACGAUAACAUGCUUUCCUCACGGCCAAUGGAGGCUAUCGUCGCCCACGGCGCUGGCCAAGACAGCGGCAACGGCAACGGCGGCGCCAAAAAGGGCGAGGGCGGAUCAAAGACGCCCGGCGGGACGGAUGUCGUCCACCUCAGCACGGCUACGCAGCAGCUGCGACUACGUGAGAAUAAGGACGCGCCCGGAUACGAGGUCCUCACCCCUUCCACAAGUCCAGGCGAUGGUAACGGUGGUGCGGGCGGCAACAGUAGCAACAAUAGGGCUCCUUCUGGCCUUCCGACCGCAGCGCCCUUGACAGCUGCUUCGGGUCGCACCUCCAUCCUGCCCGGCGGCGGCGCAGCCCUCGCUGAUGCUUCGGAGCUCGGCGGUACCAGUGGGGCAGCCUUGGCUGCAAGGAAGAGCAAUGUGGGCGCGGAUCCUUCGUCUGCGAGAGAGGGCGAAGUCUUGGCUGAGCAUGUGGGGACUGGCAAAAAGGCGCCCGCUUUAGGCAGCAUUGGGGAGACGCCCACAUCUACCUCACAGUCGCCUGCCUCUUCAGGGCCCUCGAGCGCUCAGCAGUCAAUGACCGUCUCCCCAGUCCAGACGGGUGGUCAUACCUCUGGGAGAAACACGUUGAGCUCGAUGAACCCUUCGAAAAGCGCGGGCCAAGGGCCUGGCGCUGCGGGUCUCUCGGGCGCCCGAGGGGUGGAUGCGGCGCACGACUUGCACCACCACAACAAUCAACGCGAUAGCGGCUCGUCGACGCCAUCGCAAUUCAUCUUUGCCAAGUUGGGUGCCCGCCGAGGCAGCGAGCAGGUUGGUGCUGCAGGUCAGGAUUCGAGCGGUGCUGCAUCUCCCGUCGAGAAUGAAAAGCCUACAGGGAAGAAGAAGAAGGAUCACGCAGGGCAUCAUAAUCCUCUGCAUGACUUGCGCCGCUUCUUGCAGAAUCACAUCGGCCAUCAUUCGAGCGAUGGUGAACGAUCGGGUAGCGCUACGCCUGGUGGUAGACGGCACGGCCACGACUCGCCGCCUUUGGGUGACGAUCAUGCGCAUCUGGCCAAGAAGUACGGCAAGUGGGGCAAGGUGCUAGGUUCAGGCGCAGGUGGAACUGUCCGUCUCAUCAAGCGCUCGAAGGAUCACACGACCUUUGCCGUCAAGGAGUUUCGCCAGCGCAGACCAGGCGAAAAUGAGAAGGAGUACAUCAAGAAGGUGACCGCCGAGUUCUGCAUUGGCAGCACACUACAUCACGUCAAUAUCAUUCAGACGCUCGAUAUCAUCUCGGACCAUGGCCACUACUACGAGGUUAUGGAGUACGCGCCCUUCGACCUCUUCUCCGUCGUCAUGGGCGGCAAGAUGUGUCGCCAAGAGAUCUACUGCGUCUUCCGCCAGAUCAUCGACGGUGUCGACUACCUGCACAGCAUGGGAUUGGCGCAUCGCGACCUCAAGCUCGACAAUUGCGUCAUGACGACGGGCAACAUCGUCAAGAUCAUCGACUUUGGCACAGCGACCGUCUUCCACAGUCCCGGAAAGAGCAAAGUUGUCGCAACGGGCGUCGUAGGAUCAGAUCCGUACCUGGCUCCUGAGGUCCUCUCGCAGCAGACGUACGACCCGCGCCUCACAGACGUGUGGAGCUGCGCAAUCAUCUUCCUCUGCAUGGUGCUGCGCCGUUUCCCGUGGAAGCUCCCAGACCCAAAGACGGAUCCGAGCUUCAGCCUGUACGUGCGCUCCCAUCCUGAGCUAUGCCAGGCACCAGAGGCGAUGGAGUCCCACAGCGAGUACAUGACCGAUGGCAUUCCCGUCAGAGAUAGUAUCGCUGCGGCGCUGGCGGGGGGCGGUAAAGGAGGCAAGUUAUCUCAGGUGGAGCAGACGGACAGCCCGGAGCCCUCGGGCGUGCAAACGCCGAGGAUUCUGACUGCGAGAGAGGCAGGAUAUAUGACGCCGCAGCGUCACCUCUCUGGCGCGGCUUCGCCCGUCGAGGAGACGACUACGGGCUCUACGCUGGCCGAGCGUCCAGGCAACUCGCGUAGAGGCAGCGACUUCCUCGCAGCAGGAGGCGCCAUGACAUCGGGCAACAGCAACGCAGGCGUCGACGCGGAUGUCUCAUCCCCGAGCGAGGAGCGAACAACCGUGGGGACGGACGACAAUGGCGGCGGCAGCGGUACUGGCAGCGCCUUCACGCCUCGUCGCAAGAUGACGCGCAGCGACAGCAUCUCGUCCGUUGCGACGUACACUUCAGGCGCCGCGGACAGCAUCUUCCGUCUCCUGCCCCGCGAGACCCGCUCAGCCCUCAGCAGAAUGAUGGCUGUCGAGCCCAAUCUACGUUGCACGCUUGGGGACCUGCUGCGCGGGCGUCGCUUCAGCGACAUCGACUCACCCCUCGCGCGCACGCCUGUGAUGAGCAGGUCAAACAGCUCAGACGCACUCAACUUGCUCAAUCACCCCUCUCACGCAAAUGAUCCGGGACUGUCAAGUCUCAACAGGCCAACGAACUUGCCCGCCGAGUUUGAGGACGAUGACGAUAAUGGGGAUGAGUGGCUCAGAUCUAUCAGGACUUGUGCGCAUAUUCAGGUGGAUGGAGGAGGGAAGAAGGGGGAGGAGCCUGACCAUCCGCAUACGAAGCUGGUCACGGAUGAGCAGAAGAAGAAGUCGCAUGGUUUGUUCCAUCGCAAGGAUCACUAGGCGGACGUCGAAGACGAUGACAUGGCUCGACUACCGACCUCAUCUACACCACGGCGGCCCCUUUUUGCCCAACCCACCGGUCGAUCGUUGAUGCAUCUCAGAUUCUUCCUUGUGCCGCGACAUCAAUUGAAU